GACGCUCGCUGAUCACCGAUCUUCCUUUGCGUGCGUGCAUGACCCACGAGCACCUCGGAUCGAUCCGAAAGUAGAUGUGAAAACAAUAGCGGAAACACAUCGCCGAAUGGACGAUCGGUUGCGAUAUUCUGACAGUGCAACAUUGUGGCCCUUGCUGACAAACGGUUUCCUAAUUGGCAGGAAGCUCCCUCGGCUGUGUGGCACCUGUUUACGCACGUGGGGAGAGUAUCUGUUCAGCGUUUCCGACAUGGACAGGAUAGUGGAAUGGAACGGAACGGUGGUGGCGGGCGUCACGCAGUGUAGUUGAACAGCGGUGCGAAUCCCGCGACUGGCCAGUCAGUGAGCAUACAAUUAAUGCACAAAUCCGGUGAAAUAUAUUCACCACCGGAAACGGGGAAAGUAGCAAAGCGGACACAAAUCGGCCAAACAAAAAAUAGGAGUUUCCCUCAACAAUGGUGAUUUUCCGGUCAGUUUAUUUGUGUGCGGAGCGGUCGGAACCGAGGCCGUAGUCGAAACAUCGUCACCCAGAGCGGUGCUUCACCGGUGCCCCGCUACCCCACUGUCCGGCGUGCGCGAUGAGUGUAAAACAAUUAAAUUUUCAUGCCCCCGGUGAUGCGCGGUGAUGCGGAACGCGAGGCUUUCCACCGGGCUAUUCCAGCCCGGUUCCUAGGGCCCUCGAAACUCGAAAUGGAAUAAAGUUGAAAAAUAAAGGCCUCUAGCGAACGUACGCGUACCGCAGCGUAUAUCUGUGUGCAGUGCAUUCUGACUAUCCUGUUUGCCCGAAGGAUUCGCACGGAUUCGGUUCGCUUCACGGUCACACACCGGUUCGGUUCGGUGGCCGGCUCGCACGACUGUCACGGUGGCGCGUGGGACGGUCCUUCGUGCGUCUGUUUACAUGGCGAGGUUAAUACAUUUAAUGCUUCAUUAAACAAACGGUGAUUGUUGCUGUUGCUGUGAAAGCCGCAGACCCGUUUAUUGGAGGUCGCGCGCGGCAGGGGCCGCAAUCCUUCCCAAGCCGCACCCGAGAAGAGCAAAAAAAAACAUCUCACCAAAGCUUCGGUUUACCACGGGGAAGCCUUUCCGUUUCCAGCACCAUGACCACCCGCGGCAUUAGGAGGAAAAAGUCCUAUUUGGCGGAAAUAAAAGUGGCCGUCAUCGGGGCACCUGGCGUCGGCAAGAGCGCCCUAACGGUGCGCUUCCUCACAAAACGGUAUAUCGGAGAGUACGAUCAUCAGGCCGAAAAUCGACAUAAAUACGAAAUCAUGGUCGACGGUGAGGCGGUUUUGUGCGAGAUCUGGGACACCUGCCCAAAGGUGGAAGAAAAUGCCGAAGCACUCAGCCUGACCGCCGGCUCGGAGUCGGUGCAGUGGGCGGACGGGUUGCUGCUCGUCUACUCGAUCACUGACCGUGACUCGUUCAACUACAUCCGGCGGGCGAAGGAGGACCUCCCGAGCGACACCCCGGUGGCGCUGGUCGCCAACAAGGUCGACAUGGUGCACCUGCGGCAGGUCAGCACGGAGGAGGGAGACAUCCUGGCCAAGGACUUCGAGUGCAAGUUCAGCGAGAUAUCGGCCGCCGAGCACGUCUACCCGGUGGCCGAGGCGUUCCUCGAGCUGUGCCGCGAAGUGCUGACCGCGAAGCGCAAAUCAAAGCAGAGCUUCAUCGACAAAAUCGACCGGAUGCUGAGUGGGUCGCGAGCGUACAACCGUGGCAAGAGUGAUAGCAUAUCGCCGAAGGAUUGAUCGGCACCGAAAACCCGGGUUCGGAACGCUGCGUAUUUUUGCCUAGAAAAUGUU